AUGGGUUUAUGUAGAUUACUAAUGGGAAGCAAAUUAUGCGUGUGGGUGCAGAUGACAGACCAGGACACCGUUAUGAUACUGACUGGAAACUGGGUCAGAGAAGAUGAUGGAAAAUGGGUGUUUGAUUCGCUAAACGAAGAAGGCACAGAGUUCUUUACCCUCAAAGCUGGUCUCGAAUACGACGAACUCGUUGACCUCGUGAAACAGAGCCUAGCUAUUGCCUCCAGAAAUGUUAAACUAAAAAUAUCAUAUCAAUAUUCUUCGUGGAUGCUGAUUGACGAUGGAGAUGGGUCAACACCCCAGUUCAUCUCCGAAAACCAUGAGGUGGAGGUGUUUGUUCAAAUGAGGCGAAAAAUAGAGGAGGUCAACCUCUGUGUCACCAUCUCCCAGUGCAGUGAUGGAGUAACCACUGGUAACAGUAAACCACAUUUUGCAAAUGUCACUGAUCAGAACGUAUUUGGUGGGAGCUUUGGCGUGCCAGUUAGCGAUAUUAUACCAUACAGGCGCAAUGGUAUAGAUAUAAGGGAGAACCAACCUAUCGUUCGACUUCGCAGCCCAACAACUUCGGAAGCGAAUCAUUGGAAGGGGAAGGCCGUCGUAGUGGAAGUCGAGAAUGGAAGCAAAGCAGAUGAUUAUGUUUACCAGAGAGCUUAUGCAGACAUGAACACACCACAGAGGAAGGCGAAACCAGUAGACCAUGUUGAAAAAGAUGGCAUAGAGGCUGCACUGGAGGCAGUCCCGUAUGAAGGAGACAAUCUAUUUGUGGGGCAGGAAGUUUCAUUUCAAGACAAAGAGUUCAACACCAAACUUCAUGGUCUAAUAUGCGUGGGGAUUGACUGUCCCUGGAGAGUAUACGCUGCAUGUGUAGAUGGAACAUGCAAUUUCCAGAUCCGCCAAGCAACUCUUACGCACUGUUGUACCCUUGAUGCCCGCAGCAACUUCCAUAAAUUGGCUACAACACAAGUAAUUGGGGAGCUUAUACAAUCACGUUUUAUUGCCAUCAAGAUAGGACCCACCCCCACAACAAUUCGAAAGAUGCUCCUUGACGACUUCCAUGUCAAUGUCUCCUAUUGGAAAUCCUGGAGGGGCCGAGAGGUGGCAAGGGAAUUGGCGUUAGGUUCUAUGGCGGGAAGUUACGCACUUAAGCCCGCGUAUAUGGGACUACUCCAAACCACCAACCCCGAUUCCAUCUGCUACCUGCACAAAGAAGAGAAUAUAGAAGGGAAGAUGGUGUUUAAAUAUGCAUUCAUUGCGUUUGCGGCUUCGAUCAAAGGGUACCGGUACAUGCGAAAAGUGAUUGUCAUCGAUAGGACAAGUUUGAAAGGCAAAUAUGGCGGAUGUUUGCUCUCAGUGUCUGCGCAAGAUGGAAAUUUUCAAAUAUUCCCUUUAGCAUUCUGUAUCGUUGACAGUGAGAACGAUGACGCUUGGGAGUGGUUUUUAACGGAGAUGAAAACUUUUGUCUCUGAUGAAGAAUACCUUGUCUUCGUGUCCGACAGACAUUCUAGCAUUUACAAUGCAAUUGAAAAGGUUCGUCCCACAAAUGGACUAUUUGGUAAACUACAUAGUCGUGCCUAA